AUGGAUACCUAUUUAGGUUCCAUCAACUGGAAAGGCCUGUGGGGAUUUUUGUUGGGUAGCGGUACUCAACCGAAGACGGAAACGGCGGAUAAUGAGCUCAUUCUUCGGCCUGAAGUUACAGAACAUCUCAAGAAAAUUUUUCAGCCGGUUCAAAAUCAUUCGUAUUACCAUGUUGUUUGUGGUGAACACGGAACCGGGAAGACAACAUUGACUACGAAGGUCGCAAGAGAAAUUGGGAAAGGCGUCAUAUAUGUUGAUACUCCUGCCGACAUUGAAGAAUUUGGCAAUUCGUUUGGAAAAGCUCUUAAUCUUAUAUUUGAUGAAGAUACAAUGUUAACAUUACGACUGAAGCAAAAAUUUUUUGGCGAUACCAAGGACGAAUUUGAUCCAAAGUGGAAGAGAGCUCUUAGAGCCUUUAAGCAUGCCUCUGAAGUGUAUAAAGCGAAGCAUGGCAAACCACCGGUUAUUGUUUACGACAACAUUGGCAAAAUAGUUAAUGAGAACCCAAAAAUUCUUGAUAUUCUUCAAGAUGACGCUAAAAAGAAUGCCGAUGGCAGAAAAUAUAUUGCCGUAUUUGUCAGUAGCGAAGGUUCGGUUCCUCGAAGAAUGGAAUCUCGUAGUGCUUGGUCACGUGCUAAAAAACCCGUGGUGGAAAUUGGUGACCUUAGCAAGGAAGAAUCAAUGGAAUAUCUGACUAAGAAGCGCAAUAUCAAUGAAGUAGAAGCAAAAAAACUAUAUGAAUUGGUUGGUGGUCGCAUUGUAGAGCUGAAAACUGUGGUGGACGAUUUCCGCCUGGCUGGACAAUCCUUUGAAGUCAUUAAACAGUCAAUCCUAACUGAAGUCAAGAAGAAAUUUGAUUCCGCAAAACUCCUUCCAAACCAAUCACGUCAUGAAGCAGGAAAGCGUGUCAUCAAUGCACUGCUUGAUUCGGAGGAGAUUGAUACUGGUGUAUUUAGAAAAUUUAUCGGUGAUGAGAAAUUCGGUAAAGUUUUAGGAGCUAACGUGUUUGCAUAUCAUCCAUCAAGAGAUACGGUGUCUUUUCAGUCUCAAUCUGUGAAAUGCUAUAUACAGGAGAAUGCUA